GCAGACAGGCGUUUGUAAGGGGCAGCCCUGGAGCGCGCGCCGCCGUAUAUAAGCGGCGCGGGGUCCUCUGGGCGUGGUCCUGUCACGCUCGCACGGGGUGGAGGCUGAGGUGGCCAUGGCGGAUUUCGAUCCUUACGACGAUCGGGCCUACAGCAGCUUCGGCGGAGGCCGGGGGUCUCGUGGUGGUGGCCUUGGUCCACGCAAACAGAAAGAGCUGCCAACAGAGCCCCCUUUCACAGCCUAUGUGGGAAAUCUACCCUUCAACACUGUUCAAGGAGACAUAGAUGCCAUCUUCAAGGAUCUCAGCGUAAGGAGCGUACGACUAGUCAGAGACAAGGAAACAGACAAAUUUAAAGGAUUUUGUUAUGUAGAGUUUGAUGAAGUGGAGUCACUCAAGGAAGCUCUUACAUAUGAUGGUGCACUUUUGGGUGACCGAUCACUCCGAGUGGACAUAGCAGAAGGCAGAAAACAGGAUAAAGGUGGCUUUGGUUUCAGAAAAGGCGGACCUGAUGACAGAGGAAUGGGAGGAGGUUCCCGAGAAACCAGAGGAGGUGGAUGGGAUUCCAGAGAUGACUUCGGUUCUGGAUUCAAAGAUGAUGAUUUCUUGGGAGGCCGGGGUAGAGGAACUCGCCCUGGAGAUCGACGACCACCGGGUGCCUUAAUGGGAAGUGGUCGUUUCCGAGAUGGGCCUCCCCUUCGUGGAUCUUCCAUGGACUUCAGGGAGCCAACAGAAGAGGAAAGAGCGCAGCGGCCCCGACUUCAGCUCAAACCUCGAACAGUCGGUACUCCCCUCAAUCAAGUAGCCAACCCAAAUUCUGCUAUCUUUGGUGGAGCCAAGCCCCGAGAGGAAGUAGUAAAGGAGCACGACUGAGUUUGGUGUUGAGAGGGAAUGGGGAGGCGGGAGAAAACGCAAGACAGUACAGAGUGACUAGCUCUGCUGGAAUGUCAACCCUGCAGUUUACCAUUCCUGCCAUCUGGCAUUUGUCCUCUUUGAAACCGAAAACACAGAGCUUGUGAAUGCAUGUCAGCUGUUAACAAGUGGUUUUUAGUAUGUUCUUGGCUUUGCUGUAUCUAGUGCCUGCUUUGUGCUGAGUUUCCUCUUCUGUUUCCUUCCAAGCAGCACAGUUGCCAGUAGAUAAGGCAGUGUGGCUGCUUCCACGAGUGUGGAGGUCUAUGGACAAAGGUGCUGCUUCACUUCCUCCUUUCUGGGUUUCUUUUACUUUAGAAGCACAGGUUAGACUUAGUUACGACUCCAUAUUGUUUCCUUUUACUUCCUCAGUGCUCCUCUUCUGACCUGCAUGUCUUGUUCUGUAUUGCUGUGGCUCUGAAGAGGAAAACUGGAGAGUCCAGAUGAGUUGAACAGAAUAAUUUACAGUUCUAACCAUGUGGUGAAAUACCAUUUAGGAUAAUUGAUGAGUAGUUGUGUAGAGCGGAGCCCCUUAUAAAACUAAGGAGGUAGCUGCCCUUUUCUCACAGGUUACCUGGAAGUAUCGAUAGCUGCAAAUAAAGUUGGCUGAGAAGCCUGGCAAAUAGGUGGAAUCAGUAUGGAUAAAGCACCUGCCAGCAGAGUGCUGCUGAUAAGACUUUUGUAGACUCAGAAUGGUAUGAUACUACGCUCCUGAGCUCGAGGUUAGUGCUGCAAAACUGUGCCUGUUGGAGCACAGCUGCUCACUGGCUCUUCUUACUUUUCUUUGGGUUUUACAUGUUUGGUAAAAAAUUUUUAAAUGAAGUUUCUACAGGUAAAACUGACUUUUUUUAUUUCAGGAGUAUAUACUUUGCCAUGCGGUAUGUAAUUGCCAUUACCCCCUGUAUUUCUUUGCCCAGUGGUGUACAGUUUUAAGACCUCUGCUUUCACAGUACCAUUAAAAUGGGCGGAUUAGAAAUAGUUACUCUAUAGAUUCUCUUCAUGUAGAAGUUUGGGUGGAAAGCAUCUCUAAUUGCUGCAUCUCUCUGAACUUGAAGUGUUUCUUGCAAUUCUUGGGUGUUCGGUGUGGGAGGAGGGAGGGGGAAGCUGGAACUAAAGGGAGAGAGAGCACGUGAUGUUUGAAAACAGAAUCUGGUUCUCUAACACUGAAGUGUGGAUACAUCCAAUGCAUGAGAAACGUGAGCCCCUAAUAUUAGUGCUGACAGCUUUCAGCUAAAACAACCAGCACACCAAAGUUCUUGGAAGCAUGGCUGCUUCACUGCCAGCAACCGCUGCUGGUGGUGAAUUCCUUCUCUAAAGUUACUUUUGUAAUGUCAGAGUCCCAGCAACUCACAGAACGACUCUUUCCUUCCUUCUGCCUGUCACUUAAUCUGCUUCUGAGAUAAGAACCAUUUGUCUAACACUAAUAAUUUAAGACAGACAUGCAUUUGUGUGGUUGUAUUCCAAACCAGUAAUUGACCUAUUUACAUCUCCAACGUGGAAAAGAUUUUAAGAACAAAUACCCAUAUAAAAUUCACCUCUAGUCAAGACAGUUGACUUUUAAAUGUUUAAAAAGAAAAAAAAAAAGAACAAAAAAAAAAAAAAAAGAAAAAGAAAAAAGACAAGAAUUCCAGACACUUAACACAUUCUGCUUCAUAACAAAGUAAGUUUAUGGAUAUGGUAUUUUGUGAAUGAUCUUUUAAAUAAAAGAAAACAUUAAGUAAUAUUUAACACUGGUCUUUAUUUGAGUCUGCUGUAGCUUGUGUCCAUCUCCCCCUCCAAAGUUCUUUAACGCUGUAUUGAUUUGGAAGUAAUGGAUACUUAAAUAAGGGGGGGUUGGAAAGAAGAAGGGGAGAAAUAUAAUCUAGGCAAGUACUAAACUGUAGAACUAGGUGGAUCUGGACUGUAGGAGGCAGUGAAGUAAAAAUCAUGUAGGAGAGGAAGCAAGUCCAGGUUUGUUCUGUGGCUUUAAGUUCUAUUGCAAAUGCUGCAGGGCAGGAUUUGGAAGUAUUGAAGCUUUUACUUCCUGAAGCUCCUGGUAACGUUUCCUAACAGCUGAAUUCUGCUGCUCUCUGAAAACGGUGCCCUGUCUGGUGAAGGGUAAAACGUGUGUGCUUUGAGUUGGAGUUGUGCAUUCUAAUGUGGUGUGUUUGGUAAGGCAAAAUGAAUAGAUCAGCUUGCUGUUUUCCUGCCUGGUUUCUCCCAAUAUCGAUCUGUUUCCUGCUGGUUGUAACUGUUAAUGUUGUUGUUGCCCUGUGUUUUCAAGUAGAUGCAUACUGCAGGGUAAGUUAAAAGCCAUGUGUUUAGUUCUUAAUUGAAGAAAUGAGCUUUGGCCUUCAUUCCUACUGGUUUUACUGCUUUCCAUAGUAUGAAAUGAUGGGAAGUGUUUGUCUUCCAGCUAUUGGGUCAGCUCUGUAUCCUCAAACGUGCCAUCGUGACAGUGUGAGCAUUGGAUCCCUCUCAGGAGUGACUUGCUGGCUGCACAGCACUGCCUGUCCCACGUGGCUGCUCUCAGAUGCAGAAGGGCUAAUGGCUGGAGAUGGCGUCCUUCAGCUGCUUCCAUAAGGCUUGCUUGUAGUUGGUCUUUCAAACAUGAUUAUAGUGGCAAUAAUUUCAUUACUGUGCAUGGUUGUGUUUGUAGAAGUGACACUGGUUUGUGAGGGAAGGAAAAAAGCUCAUCUCAUUCGAUUUUCUCUUCCCACCAACCUUUCACUUAAGAGUUUCCUACUAGUGAAAGCAGCCUGAUCCCCAAAUAGUCGCCUUUUAAUAGUUCAGAUACAUAAAUUGGCAUUGCCUGGUUUCCUUUGGGUUGUUGCACCUUAUGUCAGCAGUUGUAAAAGCUAUUUAAUUUCCUUAUGAUUGGGUUGUUUAAGUUUAUAAGAGGAAACAAGACGACUCCCAGCAGCAAAACACAGCUCGAGCUGUAGUGCUUCAUUUCACCUCGAGGCUUAACCUGGAUGGCAAAGCCUGGAGCAGGUUACUGCACUAGUAGCAGAUGGGUAAUUCACUUUGUAGAUGUUCAUAUUCUCACCAAGUAAUUUCUAGUAGAGUUGUUGGUUUCUUUUCCCAGCUUGAACUUAAGGAAAACUGCAGUCAGGAAUGCAGUAGGUAGUUUUGAUACUGAAAUGGAAUUGAACAGCUCUGCUGUUUGUGAACUGAGGGCUUUGCAUUCCUCCUGUUUGGCUGCAGGUUGAGGAGGUUGCUGUGGUGUGUAUCUGAUGUGCUGCAGAGCUGUACUGUCAACCACCAGCAGUAAAUAAGCACAGCUCUGUACAUGGGGUGGUCCCGAGUGCUAAACCACCACCUGCUUUGAUAACAGCACCGCGGUGGGUGCUGCCUUGUGGUCAUGAGUGCUGUUUGGUGGCUGAGCAGAUGAGUGGGGACAUUGAGCUGUUCAGAUGAUGGGCUGGUGGUGGAGCUGUGCCCUCAGGGCUGACUGAUGUGUGUAGUGUCAUUGAGGUGCUGGAUAUGCUGCUGUGACUGAGGAGCUGUGCUGACCCUGCAGUUGUGUUGUGUGCACUGCAGCUGGCUGUGGUUGAGUUUCAGCCCAGCCCUCACAGUCCUGGGCUCUAUUUGAGUAGUGCUGAUAUUUUUACAACCUGCCCUGUGUGUUCUGUUACGGUUUCAAUACCACCUUUAGCACGUCGCCUGCUGGGAGCAUUGCUGUAGUUUGAUCAUAUUCAUCGACUUUGCUUUCUGAAGUGGUUUGAUCCUGAUGUGACCCCCAAGCUUGGUGCACAUAAGUAAUAGCAAUAUCCUGAUGAUGUUCUGGGCCAGCUGUGAGCUAUUGAAGCUCCACGUGUCCAGCUUGCAGCUUUUCAGCUCUAUGGGGCUGUGCAGGAGCCCUGCUGGUGUCUGCUGUGCAAAGCUGAGAUGGACACAAGGAAUGGAGAUCAGGCUGUGGCCGCACAUGCAGUGUUAUGGAAUGCAUUUAGUGUCACUGUUCUUAGGUCUUAGGUCACGUUCCUCGUGUUACUGUAACUGUUGGGUUACUCCAUCAAAAGCAUUUUAGGGUUUCCUGUUCCAUAGCUUUUCCCAUUGCUGAAUGACUGUGACUUUGCCUGCUCCCUUUGCAGGCUGAAUGCAACUUCAGCUUCCCUCAUUUCUGUCCCCUUUGCAGCAAAAUGUGUCCGAGGGCUUUAAGGACCUCACAGAAACGCUGCUUAAUCCACACUCUGCUGUGUAAAGCUCUGCAGCACCCCGGGGUUGGUGUCAUUGCUGGGAACGUUGCUGGUUGCACCUUGUUGCCCUGUAGGUUUCAGCCAGGUCCGUGUUAUAGUGGCAGGGAUUUCCUUCCCACCAUGACGUCGUUCUGUUCUGUCACCGUGCUCCCCAAAAUCCGCCUCUUCCUUUUGAACAAACCAAAAAAUCACCGAGUACCUCUAUGAUGAACCCCCUGCAAAACCUGUACUGUAACCAACCUGUCAACUUUGUAUCGCUGUACCAAACUCCAAUAAAAGCAUUCAAACCUUC